AAAUCCCCUGUUCUUUAUCUUUGCGUUUCCAAAUCUUUGGUCGUUCCAAGAAAGGAGGGUUAUUUAAAGAGGAAAAAAGUAAAGGAAAGUUCCAAAAGCCUCAGUAGAAGAAGAAUCAAUCCCCACAACAAGCCAUCCCAUCAUUCAUCCAUCCAUCUCUCCAGCUCACAGUUUGAACCCUUGAACCGCCCCCUUUCUCUCUCUCUCUCUCCCUCUCUUUUAUUCACAGGAGAGGGAGAACAAAAGUGGGGGAAAGGGGGAAAACAAUGAACAACAACAACAUCCGCUCCCACAAGCUUACAAUAUUCCCUUCUUCUUUUAAUCUCCCAUCAUUAUUCCCUCUUUGUGUCUCCCUGCUCUUCUCUUUUUUCGCUUCCUACCAACUUCACCCCACAUUCCCCAUCAUUGUUCUCCUCCAAUGGCGACCACCCGGCAGCGCGUUUACCAAGCCUGGAAAGGACGAAAUACUACCAUUAAUGGCUGCAACUACCAGUCCUUUCAUUAUUAUCUUUUGUCCUUUUUAAGGCAUGUAACCCAUCCCCUCUUUGUUUGAUUCGUAAAGAAAUGGGAUUUCUACAACAUGUUAUUUGUUUUUUUUAUUUUGAUUUUUUCCCAUCUGGGUUUAUGCAGAUAUUUCUAUUGAAAGGGAGGCUGAUAUUUGGACCAGAUGCAAGAUCAGUGGCGAUAACCGUGUUGCUCAUUCUGAUUCCAUCCGUCAUCUUCUGCACCAGCGUUGCGAGGAAUCUUGCAGAUGAGUUGCCGCCAACAUCGAGCCUGCGCUAUGCCAUCCCAGCUGCAGCCAUUCUCUUCACAAUCUAUGUACUAGUGCUGCUAUUCCUCACUUCAAGCAGAGACCCAGGCAUCGUCCCGCGAAACACCCACCCGCCGGAAGACGAAAGCUUCUACGACCCUUCCGUCAGAAUCGACGCCAACAAUGGCCGGCAGACACCAACUCCACGGCUGCCUCGCACCAAAGAGGUCCUGGUCAACGGCCUCCCCGUCAAAGUCAAGUACUGCGAGACUUGUAUGCUGUACCGCCCGCCUCGCUGCUCCCAUUGCUCCGUCUGCGACAACUGCGUCGAGAGGUUCGACCACCAUUGCCCCUGGCGCAACUACCGCCACUUCUUCCUCUUCGUUUCCUCGUCAGCCUUUCUGUGCAUCUACGUCUUUGCAAUGUCGGCUUGGAACAUCAAGUUUCUGAUGAAUCAGCACGUCUACCUCUGGAGGGCAAUGAGGGAAUCCCCUGCAUCGGUCGUUCUGAUGAUCUACUGCUUCAUUUUCCUGUGGUUUGUUGGUGGACUCACUUGCUUCCAUCUCUAUCUCAUCAGCAGGAACCAGGUGAUCAGUUUCUUCAUUUCCCCUACUACGUACGAGAACUUCCGGUAUGGGGCCAUGAACAGGGUGAAUGUGUACAAUAAAGGUUGUUUGAGGAACUUCCUGGAAGUGUUCUGCAGCAAGACCAAGCCUUCCAGGAUCAAUUUCCGGGCUUACGUACAAGAAGAGCAGCAGACGCAGCAGCAGCAACAACAGUAUUGUUUCCCAGCGAUGCAGGUAAGGGAAGCAGCGAAUCGAGAGAAUGGAGAUGGUGGGGAUGAUCGUCGGGUGAAGGUGGAGGACAACUUGGAGAUCGAUAAGGACUUCAUGAAGAUUUCGGAGAGGCAUAUUGCCAUAGAAGAUGGGGUAUGAUGAAGUAGCUCAGUAGGUUAGAAGGUCGAGAUGAAGAGUUCUUUUUUUUGUUGUUGUUGUUGGUGUUUGUGUUUAUAGUGGCAGGGUUAGAAGUAUGAGCAAGGUUUUGAAGAAAUGUGAUGUACGUCUGCAAUUCUUUUGGUUAGGUUUUUACAGAUGAAUGUUGAGAUUCUAGAGGUCGUCAUGACUCAUGAGCCAUUGGGAUGGAUUGUAGUGUUGGGUUUUAUAGCACAAGCAAUUGUGCUUUCUUUGUGGUCAAACUAAGGAGAUACCUAGUUACUUGAUCCACAACCCCUUUUCAAAUUUGAGCCUCGUUCACCCCAAGAUUCUCUUGUGCCUUAUUUGUAGACCAAGAUACU